AUGGGAAGUUCAUGUAUUUCAAAUUAAAAAGAUACUUUAUUUGAUGAUUAUUAUACAACUUAAAUUACUCCUAAAGAGAAAGGAAUAUAAAACAUAAACUAAACUAUUGUAGCAAAUUUUCAGUAAGUUAAAUUAUUAAAGGAAUCCUUAGAAUAAGGAAUCUAAGUUUCUAAUAUAGAAAGUAUUAUGAUAACUCCAAGAUGUGAAUAAGAAGGAGCAAAAAUAUUAGGUGAAUUGGUAAAAUUUGGAAUUUAAAUAACACUAAUUUCUAAAAAAAUACCUGAAAGCUCUAAUUCAAGUGUAAAAUCACUUUUAAAGAAAGGAAUUUUAAAAAAUAAAUAAGAAAAGAAUGUAACUUAAUCAUUAGAAGAAUGUUUGUUAUAUCCAUCUUCACGAAGGAUUAGUGGUAAAAAUAUUAGAUUCAAAGAGUGA